AUGCCUUUAAGGAAGGGACUUCCUGUAAAGAUUCCAUCUUGUUCCUCUGGCUCUGAGGAAAUUGUUUGGGACCAGCUCUUAUCUUCCUCGGCAGCCCACCUUGAUCUUCAAACAUCCAGCUCCAGACUCCACAGAUUCUCCUCACAAAUACCUUGUGAGGACACUGGUGACAGAUCACUGCCUUCAGACCACACAACAGGGCAUAAUACCCAAGGCAACACCAUAGAUAGAAGAUCAGGCUGGGGUAUGUACCGAAGGAGAUAUAUCAAUUUGUCUGAACACAUCAGUUCUGGCAUUCUUCCUUCAUCCCACAAGCAACAAGAUAGAGAUUCUACAACAAGUGAUGCUUAUGUGGACACCCAAGUAAGAUACAUGCCCUAUGCACAUUAUCAUCAGAGAGCCUAUUUUCAGAAAUGGAACCAAACCCACAUUAAGAUGGAGAGAGAGCAAAAUCCUCCAGAGACAAAAAUGGAGAAGAGGCAGGAUAAGACCUCAGGAACCUGGUUCAAGAUCACUAUUCCAUUUGGCAUAAAAUAUGAUGAGAAGUGGCUGCUGAAUUUGAUUCAGGAGCAAUGCAGCAUCCCCUUCACUCCAGUCGAAUUUCACUAUGAGAAAAUGCAGGCCCAGUUCUUUGUUGAGAAUGCUAGUGUUGCCUUUGCACUGAAGAAUGUCAACAACAAGAUUCUGGAUGAGGAUAAUGAGAUGAUAUCUAUCUUUGUCAACCCCUCUGAUGCCCCCUAGUCUGUGCAGAAGGAGCUGAAAUCAGAAAAGGAGAAGUUGGUUAACGUGAAGUUGGUAGGGGAAUUGGACCAGGGCAAAGGGCUGGAGCCAGAAGAGAUGAGUGCAAAUGGAAAACCCCUAUGCACCACCUUCCCAGAUAAUUCAACCAACAUAAGCUCCAUCUUGGAACUCUUCCCCAAGUUAUUAUGCCUGGAUAGCCAGGAGCCACCUCCACCAACUAAUUUGGGGAUUGAAGCACACAAGAAGUUACCAACCUGCAGGGGAAGCUUCUUUGCAUCUGAGGCACUGAAGAAUCUAGUGCUGCAAUUUCUGCAGCAGUAUUACAUGAUCUAUGACUCUGGAGACCGACACUAUCUUCUUGAUGCCUACAAUGAUGGGGCCUGCUUCUCUUUGACCAUUCCCUUCAACCCAAAAGAUCCAAACUUAAGCAACUUGUUUGAGUAUUUCAAAAAUAACAGGAAUAUGAAGAACCUCAAGGACCCCAACCUGCGCUUUCAACUGCUGAAACAUACAAAACGUGAUGUUGUGUGCUCCCUCUGUGUGUUGCCCAAAGCUCAGCAUGACUUCAGCUCCUUCAUCUUGGACAUGUGGUUCCUGUCAGAAAGCAUGAUCUUUGUCUGUGUCAGUGGAGUGUUCAAGGAAGGUGAGUGACAGUCUCAGGGUUGUGUGCGUGCCUUCUCCCGGACCUUCACUGUUACCCCUGCCAGCAGUUCCAGUCUGUGCAUCAUGAAUGAUGAACUGUUUGUGAGGGAUGUGACCCCUGAUGAUGCUCAGAGUGUGUAUUCCAUAGAAGUGCCUAACCCCACCUUCAGCUUUGUGCCCACCCUCUGCAAGGAGCAGCAGGAAAUGGUGCAGGUUUUCUCCACCCCGUCUGAGAUGAGCCUCCAGUGGUCUCAGAAGUGAGUGAUUGGUGUGCAUGGGGAUAGGAGGGAACUGGGAGAAGCUGAGGACUGAAUAAUAUGAACUUGCAGGUAAUUUGUUUUUCUUGUUUAUUUCACCUAUCACCCUGAACACUUCUUUCUCAUUACAUAUAAGCUACACAAUU